CCUUAAUGGUAGAUUUUAAGAAAACAAAGUCCAAAGUGACAGAGGUGUUGACUCCAUAUUUUUACAAGUCAUACGUGUAAUUAUGGUUGUGAUGUUGUCAUUCUUCUGUAUCGGUACUAUUUAGUUCGCGAAUGACUGUGCAAGUGUUCAAGCCAUAUUAGUGAGCAAUUAGAUAAUUCAUUCAUGAAAUUUUCUUAUGUUAAAAAGGGUAGACAAAUUCAUCCAAGAUGAUGAGGGCAAUUCUUGUACGGCAGUUUGGGGGAAUUGAUCAAAUGAAAAUAGCUACUGAUGUGGCUAUACCAACUCCAGGUGAUAAACAGGUGUUGAUCAAGGUUAUUUGUAGCGGUGUGAAUCCAGUUGACACUUACCUGCGUUCUGGUCAAUACAGCAAGUUACCAAACCUUCCUUAUGUCCCUGGCAAAGAUGCUGCUGGUAUAGUACACAGCGCAGGAUCUUUGGUUUCUAGAAUGAAGCCUGGUGACAGGGUUUUCAUGUGUCAGACUGGUCAGAUGGGUUCCUUGGCAGAAUUUGUAGCUGUGAACGAAGAAAAUGCUUUUCCCCUUGGUGAUAAAUUGAAUUUUGAACAGGGAGCAGCAAUUGGCAUCCCAUAUUUCACAGCUUAUCGAGCUUUGUUCCAGAAAGCAAAUGCCAAAAGUGGUAACAGAGUAUUAAUUCAUGGGGCCAGUGGAGCUGUUGGAUUGGCUGCUGUUCAGAUUGCAAAAGCUAACGGAAUGCAUGUGACGGGAACAGCUGGUACCCAAGAAGGUAUAGACUUAGUUCGUUCAGCUGGAGCUGAUGCUGUUUAUAAUCACAAAGACAAGACUUACCGGAAGAAACUGCAAAAUGAAGAACUCUUUGAUGUUAUCUUAGAAAUGCUUGCAAAUGUAAACUUAGGUCAUGAUCUUAAACUCAUGAAUAGACAUGGUAGAACUAUUGUUGUUGGCAGUCGAGGCACUGUAACAGUAGACCCAAGAGAUAUUAUGGGAAGUGAAGCAUCAGUCAUGGGGGUUGCUCUUCUAACUGCCACUCCUGAUGAAUGGUCUGAAAUAACUUCUGCCAUUGUUGAUGGGAUCAAGGCUGGUUGGGUGAAACCUGUUGUGGAUAAAGUUUAUUCUAUGGAAGAGGCCGGUCAAGCUCACCAUGACAUUAUACACUCAAAAGGGGCAAAAGGAAAGCUUGUUGUCAAAAUACAGGACUAAGGGUUUGCAAGAUUUUUAGCAGCCUUCUUGCCAAUGCUUAUUGUACUUCUUUAGUAUACAAUACAUGGUCUUUUGAGGACCGCAAAAAAUUUCUUUAACUUAGAAAUAAUAAUAAGGAAAAGCAUAAGUUAUAUUGAAGGGGUUAAGCUAGUAGUACUGUACUGUUGCCUUCAAGAAUUUUGGUGCACAUCUUGGUAUGCUAAGUGAGACAUUUAGUAAAUACACUCUGCAAUAAGUAAUACCCAUUUGUUUAGAAAACAAAAAGCUGUUUGCACUGCUGCCUGCAAAACGAUGCUAAGCAUGUACACAUGAAAAAAAAAAAAGAAAGUUUACCUGAUGAUAAAGUACUAAUUUAAUUAGUAGAUACUGAUACAUUAGGUAAAACAUUGUGGAGUUGCCAGAUUUCUUCUUAGCUUGCUGUGAUGUCCUGUACAGGAUACUUUUUAUACACUUUAUACACUGCCAGUGUUUGCAUUUGGAAUGCUUAUGAACUGGAUGUUUCAGUAUUUUAAUAAAAUUGCAAUAUAUUGCAUUCACGUUUGGGGUUAUUUAUCCAAAAUACCCAGUUUGAAUAGACAAUUUUUUUUUCAACCCACAAAAUAUCCAUAUAAAUUUGUUUUAAUUUGAAAUGUAAAAUUUUGUCUUCCUGAUGAGAAUUAUUUUUCAUUCAGCUUGAUAAAUAAUGAAAAUAUUUGUCA